AUGUUCUACUGCAUUUCCUUUGUAAAAUCAAUAGGUGUUACUGACCGCACCCAUCACCAAGACCCUAUCCUCAUGCAUGGUGCCAUGGACAAAAUAACAGGAAAGAAUUCCACCAAAAACAGACAGAAACGUAACUUUUUCCCUCCAAAACGUUACCGCUGGAAUCCAGAUGCUAUUCCCUAUAUGUUAGACAAGUCGCUCGGUGAGUGCUACAAAUCUCCGUAAAAAAGUUCUGCUUUUUUGUUUUUGGUGAAAGAAAAAUAGGCUAUGAAGGUCAUGUUUAAAAUACAGGCCAAGGACUUAGCCGGUCAAAAUAUCAGCAUUUUGGUUACUAAACUUCCUCCUCACUCAACCCCAUAUAAAAAUGACGUUGCCAGAUGCCAUUUCUCAUACAAAUUACUCAGUGUGCUGAACUUCAGUUUCGCCUCCAUGAAAAGGUACAACAGCACCUGUGUCUUACUCGUAAUGCAACAAAGGGUUCGUGACGUGUGUCACUACGAUAAUAAGCCAGGAGAUGUAGGGUAAAUAACAUCAAAGUGUUUUUCAUGUCAAUAUAUAGUCAGACAUAUAUUCUCCAUGUUUUUGGAAGGUUUGAAGGUUUGCCCCAAUGGAUGAAAUGUUCCCCUAUAGAUUUUAACGAUCAUACUUAUUCAUUUUGUUUUAGGAGUGGUUGGGAGAAAGGCUUUUCAGGCUGCUGUAACAGACUUUGAAAAAUAUACCUGCAUACGAUUCAUUAAACACACUAAUGAGAAAGCUUAUAUUUGGGUUCAUCGUGGAUCGGGGUGAGUUACCGUAUUUACUCGAUUAACCGCCCUGGGCGCUUAUUAAAUUUUUGGAUCUUGAUAGUGGGCACUUAUUCGAGUUGGGCGCUUGUUCGAGGCUGUGCGCUUAUUAAAUUUUCGCCGUUUUCAGCAAGUUUAGUAUGUUUAUUUUGCAACAAAACAAAUGGCAAUAACAAAACGGAAGAUGUAACAAAGAAAGGUUUCAGUAAAAUACUCUGAAGAAAACUCCGUCUUCGGGGAAGUCUCUUAUUAGUACUUAUUCAAUUUCAAUGAGUGGGAGGGGGAAGGGGGUGGGCGCUUAUUCGAGGCUGGGUGCUAAUUUGAGGUUGGGCGCUUAUUCGAAUAAAUAGGGUAGACAAAGUUGUCGUAAUUAGAGACGUUUAAAAUAAGAGUACGCGGCAUAAUCUAAAGGAUAUACAGUGGAAGCUCUAAUAAGCGGACACCCUCAGGACGCGACAAAGUGACCGUAAUUGGAGCUGGCCGCUAACGGGAAUUUAAAUACAGAGUUUGUAUGGGUGUUGAGAAAAACAGAGUUUUGUGAAGGUGUCCGUAAGUAGAGCUGUCCGCUUAAUACGAGAGUGUCCGUUAGGAAAGCCUCCAUUGUAUAUUUAAAAAUCUCUUGAAGGCGCAAUAGAAUGAUUGCAGGUGACUUAAAAUGGAAAGUAAAUGAAUGGCCUUUUUUUGGCAGAGAUGUCUGUUUAGACCUGUAGGUCUGUUCUUUUGCAGCUUAGAAUGUUUUACCCUAUGUUUUCGAGCAAAUCAUUGCUGUUCUUUAAUUUGUAACUCACCACCCUAUGUUUAGGCCAUUCCAUCUUAAGCAAAGACGUUCUUGGACGACGCAUGUCAACCAGAAGUGAGGCCUGUUGCCUUUCUAUGUGCCAUGACGCUACCGAAUUAGUCCAAAUUUGUAUUGCUAAAUGUCUCUACUCUUAUAGAGACGAUUUUCCCGAAAAUUUGAGCAAAACUAGUCUGCCCAAGAAGGCAAAAAAUAGUCCACUUCCGGUUGACGUGAGUUGCUCAAAAAAGUCCUUGCUUAGGCUCCUUUUUAUUUUAGUCAUCACAAAAGGAUGAUAAUUCGUUUAGUUUCUAAACUUUAUCUGAGGCCUUCGUAGUCCAUUCGAUCCCAGCAAAGCUGUGUUCAAAAAUUGUAAAAUUGAAGCAUCGUGAGCCACCAUUUUGAAUCGUGCAUAGCAGCUUGGCCUCUGGGCGUGAUGUCAUUUCCUCUGUAGUCAUAUGUUAACUUGGCGAUAGUCCAUUCCCGAUUUUCAGAAACUCUCAAUUUCAAAACGAGACUAAGUGUUAAACCUUUCUUGUGAAAGUGAGAUUUUAUUGCAUUGCUUGAGAAUAAAAAAUCAUUAUCGUAUCAAUGACGUCGUACUAAGCCUCGCUUUGAAACAGAGGCUCAGGGCAAAUGGCCUGUUAGCAAGCAAGUUUAACUUUGCCAUUGCUUGUCUCAGAUGUUUUUCGGCAACUGGUAAAUCUGGUGGUAAACAGCCUCUGUCCUUGGGUAACGGAUGUACCUCUAAAGGUGUGGUGAUUCAUGAACUGUUACACGCCCUCGGUAUGAUGCACGAGCACUGCCGCGCUGAUAGAGAUCAGUUCAUUAGGAUCAACUUCAAUAACGUCCGGCCAAGUAAGUAGAACGAGUUACUAAAAUGCUUCUAUGUUAAAUUUUAAUGAAAGACCUGAUUCUUUCUCUGCUUUUUUAAAUUUUCCGUUGCAAACACUUCGCUUACUACUAGGAGCCCAGAACUCGGAGCGAGCAACUCCCAUUCUAGGCCUAUGUCACGGCGUUUUUACGGACCAGUUUAUUUUUAGUACAUUAUAGAACAUUUUCCCCGCGAAAAUGGAAGCUCUGCUCUGUCCGUGAGCGCAUUCGAAUAAAUUGAAAAGAAAACCUGAAUGUCGUUAAAAGUUCAAAAAUACAUUUUCAGGUUUUUACGAAGGUUUAGGGAUUUACGAGAUUCUAAAACUAAACUGGUCGAUGUGACACGAUUACAUGGAAGUUGCUCGCUUCGGGGUUAUGGCCUUCUGUCACUACUUAGAGGAUCAUACGGGUCACUUCUUAGCUUAAGUACUCAUUUCAAGGUUGAGUUACUGUGGUCUUGUUUUUAAGAUGAUAACCAAUUUCAUUUCGGUUUGUUUUGCUAUGUUGUAAUUUUACCAUCAAAUUAAUUCGGAACUUCUUUUAAACCCGAGGUUUGGUCAAUAUCUGCAGUAGUGGAAGUCAUCAGAACUUCAAGGAUAAAAUGUUUCAUUUCCCGAAAACACGACCAUUAUAAUUAUUUACUUGGAUGGUUGGUUUUGGUCCAGACUCUCCAUUUUGGUUUUAUCGAAGUAGAUAAUGGAGACCCUUAGAUUCGAGGGCGAGAAGGACCACGAGUACGAGAUUUGAGUGAAAGUUUUUUCGCGUAUUCUAAAACAAAAGCCACUCCAGGACAUUUGAUUCACCAGAAACGUUAGCAAUGAUAUCUUUAUUCUAGGAGAUUAAGCCCUCUCCCGAUCGAAAAAUAAUAAAACUUCUAACACAACGGCAUUCUCGCUAAAACUCGUAGAAGAAAGUCGACCGCUAUCACUUUUUCCCGCCAAAAUAACGCUGUUUCACGCGCGAGCACUACUAAAGGUUGAUUUCCAAUGACACGUGUUGAAAUUAAACGUGAAGUUGAGCGAGGUUCUACUUUUACGCUUACGUGCGACCUUUCAUACAUUGCCUCUAUUUUAUUUGCUAAUGUAAAUUUUACGCACGUACGCAAGUAAAAUUUACGCGACAGUGGAAUUCAGCCUUAAGUGUCGAGAAAAUCUCGUUGUCAUAGACGUUCUCGUCUUAGAAUCUAAAGGUUUCUGAUAGCAUUCGUCGUGAGAUAUAACUUUGCUUGCUUUGGCGUUUGCUGAAACGCUUUUCAAAUUAUAAUAAAAAGUCAGAAGAAGAAAAAAAUACCUGUCGUUUUGGUUUCUGUUGUAGAAGCCAAAAUCGAGUUCCAAAUUUUGAAAGGAUAUGUGCUUGGAGAGCCGUACGACUUUGGAUCUGUGACACAUUACGGAUUUGACUUCUUUAGUAUUAAUCCAACUAUUCCAACGAUUGUCAAGUUAAUGCCUGGAGGCGCGCAAAUUGGUCAGCGGGAAGGUUUCUCUCCUCUGGAUUUGAGAAAAAUCAAUAAGUUUUAUAACUGCAAAAACUACAUCAGUAAGUACAUUAUGACUAUUCAAUUUUUAGCAUUUAAACUACCAUUUAAACAUUGAAAGUUGAAUUUUUUUGUGUCUAGAAUAAUUGGUUCUUAUUGUUCUUAGUUAUUUUUUUUGCUUGGUAUCUUGUAUAGAGCCCGUGUUCACGCCCGAGGAGAAAAAGCUUAAAAUAGUUUCAGGUAAUUUAACUAAUAAGGCAAAUAAAACUUAGAGUAUACGCAAUGGUACUUGGAGAUAAAUGUGGAAGUGUUCUGGAUUUGAGAUAAAUCAAUAAGGUUUAUAACUGUAAAAACUACUCCAGUAGUGGAUAAAAAUGUGGAUAGCCUCAAAGCCCUUUUCUAUCAUGUCUAAUUGAAACAAGUUGCUGCGCUUCGUAUUUAAAACUAAUGACCACUCCUGCUUAAUUAUUUAACAAGAGAGGAUGAAGGACGACCUCGCUUGUUGAUGCAUAUUUCAAUAAAAUUUCUGUUGUGAUUAUAGGAAAUUGCAACUUUGAAAAAGGCUUUUGUAGCUGGCGAAACUGGAAAAAUAAAGUUGACGAUCAGUUUGACUGGGAGAUAGGGAUAGCAAAUGAUCCGCAUCCUCCAGCUGGGAAAACAUAUGGGCAACCGUACGGUAAGAUACAGUGACAAAUCACCUCGAAUUUACCACUUUAUAUUGAACGAUUGAAGAUUGAUUCCUUUUUUACCUCUGGGCUGUAUUCAGUCUAGUACAAAGGCUGGUGGGGUCGAGUACAUAACUGAAAUUAAUGAAACAGUCAAACACAACAAAGCAAAGAAUCCCAACUUACCGGAGGCAAACCUGUUGGCUAUUUUAAAACAUGCGUGGUCGAGGAUAUGAACUCGGGACAGCCGUGAACAAAUCCAGUAAGCGGCCAGGCGGACUUGAACUUGGGGCCUGCGGUUUGCCUGUCAAACGCUCUAACUGCUCGGCCGCCCUGCCUUCUAGGCUGCGACCAGUCUAUUUUUCUCUUAGUUUAUGGAUUAGCCACAAAGAGAGGUCAGAAUCUCUCUUUUUUGAGGCCUUCAGUGUCUUGAUACGCCCAGGCCAGUUGCGCGCAACAGACGGUGAUCUAUAUUCACAACCCAACACAAUACUGCACCUCAUCAAGGAUAGUUUCAGAAACAACAAGAAAAGCUAACUUUUUUCUGUCAUUUUACUCUGUAAUCUAGACUUUCGGGGCAACAUAAAAUCCUAAAAUCAGUUAUAUUUAGUCUACUCAUGUUAUAAAAAUCUUUCUUUCUGUAUAACCCCAUCUUUAGUUUCAAUCUUUCUCAAGGUAAAUUCAUCUUCUUUGAACCGCCGAAAUCCUAUGCCGAGUACAUAAGUAGCGGCGUAUUAUACAGCGGUUUCUUCAAUGGAUCAAGCUGUCUAAGGUUCUACUAUCACAUGAGUACUGGCGGCUGUCUUAGGGUGUUUACAAAAGAGAAGGAUUCAAAGAGGAAAAACCCAUACGUUCUUAUCUGGGAAAAGAUAGGUCCACAGGGCAACAAGUGGAAGAAGAUGAAAACAUCAAUAUCAGGCAAAGAUAAACUUUAUGAGGUCUGACAUGUUAAUCGUUGGUUGACUUAAUAAAUAAUAGAGUAAUGCCUUUCAAAAUGAGGCUUAUAAAGGCAAAACCAAAGGCCUCGAACUUUUCCGUGUUUUCACCCUUUUACUCCCAAGAUCUGAUUUGUAAUUCUCCUUUCCAGUUGCUAUAUAUUUCAUUGUACAUUAGUUCUUAGUUUAGAGAAUUUGGAUUUAUAUCAAAAGUGCAUCCUCUGGCUGCUACAGUUCCCUAUUCUUCUAACCUUUCUGCUGGACAAUGAAUUGAUAUUAUAAGAAGUUAGAUGCCGAUCACUUCUGGGAGUUAAAGGGUUAAGACAGAUGCUUGACUGAGGAAACUUGGAAAAAGCCAAUUGAAAUUUUUUGCUCCAACGCACACACCUUGCGCCAGGGACUUGACGCCUUCCCCUGAGCGAGGAGAUUUCAUGCGCGCUCCCGUAUGUCGCUUUUUCUACUAUCAUAUAGGAAAAUUUGGGACUUCCUGUGGUUCUCGUAGAGUUGACAUCUCAAAUAUUAAGCACAAACCAGCGUUACAACAUUGUUGCGACAUUAUUUAGAAUUGUUGCAACAUUAUUGUUCCAUUAUUGUUCCAACAUUGUUGCGCUAUUGUUGCGUUGCAAAUCCUCCCGUGUAACGUCACCUUAAGGUGGUCUUUCAUGCUUUAAGAACUCAAUUAUUUGAAGUUUCUAGGUGUUUCGGGCCUUGUUUAACACCAAAAAUCGACAAAAAAUAAGACUUCCAAUCCAACACGAAGCUAGCGAAAAUUAAAUGCUACGGAAACAGAUGAGAUAUCCCAAACCUAGUUUGUUGUCCACUAUUCUACUAUUAAACAUUGCAAUUAUUACUUUUGCUUUUCAGAUCUAUAUCGAGGGAAUUAAAACUCCUGAUCAAAUGGGAUUUGUUGCUUUUGAUGAGGUUCAUCUAACUCAAGGAAGAACAUGUGGUUGUAAGUAGAAUUCAAAUUUUUGUAUGUUGACCAUUAUUUUUUCCUAAAGAAAGCUUCUCAAAAUCAUCAAUAAUUCAUAAAGAGAAUACGAAAUUAAUGUUUAAUGAGUGUUUGGAAAUAACCUGAAAAACUGCUCAUUUUUGCAUCCUUAAUUUAUCCAUCUAAAGUCAUUAUCAUCGAAGUCUGCGAUAGAUAUUAAAACUGAGUUGGAAUUUUUGGAAUUAGAAGCUUCACUGCCCUUCAUGUAAAAUAUCAAGCAUGGACGCAGUGUUUCAUCACCAGAUGAAACACCUCGAAGUUCGUCAAAAACACUACGCCGCGCGUCGUAUUUUGAACUCGCUUCUCAGUGUUUUGUCUGGUGAUGAAACACUGCGUCCAUGCUUGAUAUUUUACAUGAAGGGCAGUGAAGCUUCUCAUUCCAAAAAUUCCAACUCAGUUUUAAUAUCUAUCGCAGACUCCGAUGAUAACGUAUCGUCUGUGGUAUAUUCACCCAUGUAG